CCCCAAUCCAAAGCCACAAAGCCAAAACAUUUUGUCUACCGUCCGAUCUGAUGGCACAACGGUUGUUCAGUUUGUCUAGCUUUCUAUAAGCUUCUCCACUUCGUCCAAAUUGCGCGGCUAAUUUUCGUAUUUUCAUUAUUUCAGUCAUCACGAAGGCAAUUUAUCUCUUCCCGCAUUUUUUCCUUAUUCGCAUACGUUGGAGCUCCACACUCCACAAGACCACAACCCUCCCCGCAGGCUGUUAUCUCUCUCUAUAUUCACAGAACAUGAUCACUCGAAAUGAUGAUGAAGGCUGCUGUAAAUACUCUGAUUGAUUCGUUGUCCCCCAUUCAUUCUAAUACCCUCAAAAACUGUCAGAUGCCCUCCUUCAGGAUGCUAACAUGGAAUUCAACUCAAUCAAGAAUGCUUUGUUCUCACAGUCAGAACCAUACAAUAAGCACAAAAGAUGUUACUAUAUCCAGGCGCUAUCUUCCUCCAUUGUUCAGUGUUGCUCCAAUGAUGGACUGGACAGAUAAUCAUUACAGGACUCUUGCCCGGCUUAUAUCAAAGCAUGCAUGGCUUUACACAGAGAUGGUUGUUGCUGAAACUAUUGUCUACCAAAAGGAAAACUUGGACAGAUUCUUGGCAUUUCCUCCAGAGCAACAUCCCAUUGUUCUUCAGAUUGGUGGAAGUAAUUUGGAUCACCUGGCAAAAGCGGCUGAACUUGCAAGUGCCUACCGCUAUGAUGAGAUCAACUUUAACUGUGGAUGCCCUAGUGAGAGAGUAGCUGGAGAUGGAUGCUUUGGUGUGCGCCUUAUGCUUGAUCCAAAGUUUGUUGCAGAAGCUAUGUCAGCUAUUGCUGCCAAUUCUGAUGUUCCUGUCAGUGUAAAAUGCCGAAUAGGUCUUGACGAUCAUGAUUCAUACAGUGAGCUCUGUAAUUUUAUUGAUAUAGUUGCUUCCCAAUCACCAACUAGACAUUUCAUCAUACAUGCACGGAAGGCAUUACUCAAUGGCAUAAGCCCUGCUGAAAAUCGAAAAAUCCCUCCUCUAAAAUACGAGUUCUACUUUGCACUUUUGCGUGACUUUCCACACUUACAGUUCACAAUAAAUGGAGGAAUAACUUGCAUUGACGGGGUUAAUGCAGCACGAAGAAAAGGAGCACAUGGUGUGAUGGUUGGCCGUGCUGCUUACAACAACCCUUGGUCUAUGCUAGGACAUGUUGAUGCCACAGUAUAUGGUGUACCAAGUAGUGGUAUUACACGUCGCCAGAUCCUUGAACAGUUUCAGGUGUAUGGGGAUUCUAUUUUAGGAAAAUAUGGACCUAAUAAACCAAGUGUACGGGAAGUAGUUAAGCCAUUACUAAACAUUUUCCAUUCAGAGCCUGGAAAUGGCCUAUGGAAGCGCAAGGCAGACACUGCAUUUCGCCACUGCACGACGAUCAAGGCCUUUCUUGAGGAAACCCUGGAUGCCAUUCCAGACUCUGUCUUGGACAAGACGCCUGACAAGAUCUCAUCUAUUUAUGAAGAUGUUUUUGCUGAUGUACAUGGCCUGCUGCCACCUCCAUAUAAACUAAGAGAACAAGAAGUACAGUAUCUUUAGUCUCUAUGACUGUCUGUAAAUGUACAAUUUCUACAUGAUUGUAUCUGAAGUUUAUUUGUGGAUGUACCCAAGGUUUGUCCUUGCUAUCCAGGGUUUUUUGAUGGGUGGACUGGAUAACAUCUGGCAUUUUUUACAGCCACUCUCAGACUUAAAACUCGUCAGCCUGAGAUUUUACCAUUCCACCAAGCAAUAGCCCCUUUGUUAUACCGACCUAUUGGUCUGGAUGACUUGUUAUUUAUUUGAUAGAUAAAAGAGGUCUGGAGGAUAAA